AUGGCGGUGCUGGCGGGCUUGAGAAGGUGGCUCUAUCGGAAGCAGUACCAUUUCGAGGUGACGUUUGGCGUCUACAUGCACACGGCUUGGGAGAAGUUCGCCAUCUACUCGGUCCUCUUCCUCCUCUGCGGCCUGGCCUUCAUCGCCGCCAUCCUCUACCUGCCGCACCACGUCGCCAUCCUCGCCGGCCGCGCGUGGUACUACAUCAAGGGCGAGAACAUCGACGUGGCUGCCUCGGCCCGCGAGGCGGUCCGCGAAAUGUCGGCCAGCGUCCUCAACGACGCGCUGCCCACCGCGGUGCGCGUCAGCGACGCCCUCGGCGCGAUGGAUAAGGAGCUGUGA